GUUGGAUUUGAGCACGGCAGUAAGAAUAGUUGUAAACCAAAUGUUCGGUGCAUCAAGUGCAGCCAAGCAUCUGUUGAAAAAAUCUGCAAGGAUGUCACUGGGAAUGAGCAGAAUGUCAUCUGUACUGAUGUCAUCGAGACCGCAAACUUUUUUCUUCUUCCUCUUACGAUGUAUAAACCGUUUCCACUCUACGAUGUCAUCAACUAAGAAAUCACGGGAAAAAAUUCUUCCAGGUGUGCUAUCAAUAGUUGUGGUAGGAAGUGCUUCCGCUGCUGCUGCAGCGUAUGCACGAGCCUCUUUAUCCCAAUGUUCAGGGAGAGUGUCGGGUAGAUUCAUUCGACUCUGGAAGGUACCUGUGAGGGACGGAAGAGAGACUCGUGGUAGUGAACUAUGGGCAGGAUUUGACCAGGAACGAAUCAACUUCCAAAAAAUCAGCGUGACAAGCAACCUCCAUAAGAACCUGUAAAUUUGUCCACAUGGCCUUUCUCGUUACCCGUCUACCACGAUGGGCCUCGGAAGCAACAUCUAUGUCACCACCAUCUGUAAGAGGGACAGGGAUGCCAGUCUGUUUACAUUUCGUAGGAGGGGCGGAUAUCGGGUGUUGGGAAUCAAUAGGUGAUGAGGAACGGGUGGGAGGAAGCUUGGAGUAGCGAACCCUUGACCAUACUUUCAGAAGUGGAUGACAAUCGUCUGCAUGAUCCAAU